GCCGAUUACAUGAAAUGAAGCAAGAUAUUUUUAAUUGGUAUGAUAAAUAUGUUUUGACGUCAGUAGUUCAGUGCGUAUUAGCCCUUCCUCGUUAUCACUAGGCUACCUCUCCAAGCUUUUAUAUGAGACACUGGUCUUAUACACGUCGUAACUGUGGACUCAAACCACCAGUCUUGAAAUGAACAUCUCGGACCCGGAGCGCCCGUGGACUCGAGUGGAAUGGUCAGCACUGGUGGUGGUGCUGGGCCUGGAGCUGGUGAUGGGGGUGGUGGGAAACUGCAUUGUGUUGCUGAUCAAGAUCAUGUGCAGGGGCCAGUACCCUUGUAGAUACUGGGCCCCAUUCAUCAGCCUGACACUGUCUGACUUAGGCUCCUCACUCCUCAUAAUCUCUGGCUCGCUAGUGGCCAUUCUGACCCUGGAUCAAAGGUCACCGUGGUGCGAGAUGGUCAGCUUGCUGAAAUUUGCCUUUAUCACUUCCUCCAUAGGCAGUAUAGCGGUACUCUGUGUCCAGCGUGUCAUAGGCUUGGCCUCUACAGUAAGGGGAAUCUCCAUUGCCAUGGCGCUGGCCUGUCUCACUUCCUGGUUAACUGGAGUAGUGUUUGGGAGCAUCCCAGUUAUCUACGACUGGAUCAGGUAUGACCCAGCCGAGAUGCUCUGUGCAGUGUUCUGGGAGAGCAGCUACUCGGACAUGCUGGUCUACAUCCUGUGUGCGUUCUCCAUCUGCAUCUUCCUCCCGCUCACACUGAUGCUCCUCUGCUCUCUACUGACAGCUAGUGGCUGUGGGAGGAGCUGCGACAGUGAAGACCUGUCCUCGGUCACUCCCCUGGUGGUGGCAUCCUACCUUCUCUGCUACACUCCCUUCGCUGUGUCUGAGAUGAUUCUCCUGGGUAGGUUUGACCUUUCCCCAGCCCCUGAUUGGCUGAGGACUCUGUCAUCAGUGAUGUCAUACAUGGACUGUGGAUUGAAUCCUCUCAUCUAUUUUACAAAUCAGAACUUCAGGGAAGCAGGUCUAGCCCUGCUGUGGACCCAUAAAAAGUCAUUCUCUGACCCGGUUCUGACCAGCAUUGCAGGGUUAGACCUCUAGGCCCCGUCAUACAUCAGUUCCAGUACUGUGAGAGUUGUGACCCAAUUGAUUCAAAUACUAGGAUAAAUAAAGUAACAUAAAACAUAGCAAGUUCAUAGAAAGCAAUGGUUUAAUGUUGUUUAGUUUUCAAGUUUCAAGUUUUUAAUUUCAGUAUAGCACCAUGUAGGCUAUAAACCCACAUUAUUCCAUAACCAAUCAUGAGUUUGAAACUAUUAUAAACAUCUGUUAAUCAAUAAAGAUUG